AUGGCGAACCGCUGGUUCCCGUCUGAUGGUGCUUCUGCCCUGAAUCCACUGCUUGCCACCACUGGUGGAAGCCCCCAUCGCCCUCCUCCGUUACCUCCUGAUCCCCUUGAUGACCCCACCUCUCCUUUAUUGAUUAACCAGUUCCCUCCCUUAGCUACAAAAUCUUCCACUACUUCUCCUUCCCCUUCGGAAACUGCUCCUAUUGAGGAGUCUACCCCUUUAGUCACUAUUAAGUCAAUAGCGACUGACCCUCAAACUGCUGAUAUUGACAUGACGGAGGCUAGCCAGAUUGCUUUCGAAAAACCAAGAUCUACUGUUCCUAACCUUAGAUCUGAAAUUUCGGAUGCUGAAAAUUACAAUGUUGUUCCUCCCAAGAACUCCUCUCCCCUCCAAACUAAUAGAGCCUCUAGUAUGAGCCAUCCGCCUUCUAAUCCUUUAACCCCUACUAAAAUCCUUGCCACUACUGCUUCAGAAAAGACCUCCCCCUAUAGCCAAAUCCAAAGCGUCCUAAGUCCCAUGUGGGGUAGGAGAAGGCAUGUUGAAUUCCACAACAACCCCCUUACUAGAUCAAUGCUUGUUAGAAUUCCGAGUCCAUACCUAAGGUUGAAAAUCCUUGAGAAAGGAAUUUGGUAUGUUGGAGAUUCGAUGUUUCAUACAGCGCAAUGGUCUCCGAAUCCCGUUUCUGAAACCUUUGCUCCCACCUCCAUUCCAAUUUGGGCUCACCUGCGUGGAGUUCCUCCGGAUCUUCGUCAUUGGAAAAGGCUCAGAUUGGUUGCAGGUCUUGUUGGAGAGCCUGUUGAAACAGACGAUAUUACUAAAAACUUGGCUGGUUUAACUCUCUCGCAUGUUAAAGUCCAUGUAGAUUUAACGAAGGAUCUUCCUCGGAUAGUUGAGUUUGAAAGGCAAAAUAGCCAGAUUGUUGAGUUAAAUGUUGAUUAUCCUUGGCUGCCUUCUACCUGCUCCACUGUUCAGAGCUGGCCAGCUUCAAAUGAUCCAAUCUCUGCUGCUACCCCUAAAGGUCAAUCAAAAUAUCUUAGAAAGGAUGCCUCCACUAAUCCUACAAAGAAAGUUGUUGAAAAAACUGGUGAUGCCUCUGCUUCUAGUUGCUCUGUCCCCACUGUGCUUACUUCUCAAGCGCCGAUUGUAUCCAUUGGGCAUGUUUUCAAGUCUACCCCUCCAUCUGCUCCCUCUGCCCUCAGCAUUCCUUUGCCUCCUGGUUUAUGCUUCUAA